AUGAGGAAAUUAAGACCAACUUUUAAUAAUUUUUCUGUAAAAAAAUUAGAGUUAAGAGGGCCUGUUAUUGGAAUUAAUUUUGGUUUUACAAAUUCGUCUGUUGCAAUUUUAGAGGAAAGAAAAGCAAAGGUUCUCAAAAAUGAUGAAGGUUCUUUUACUACUCCCUCUGUUGUUUCUUUUACAAAAAAUGGUGGAGGGGAAGAAUGUUUGGUUGGGGCUCCAGCACUUAGACAGGCUGUUUUGAAUAGUCAAAAUACUGUUUUUAAUAUUAAACGAUUAAUUGGAAGGAAAUUUGAUGAUAAAGAGGUGCAGGAUUUUAUUAAAGAAUUUCCAAACAAAAUAUUAAAAUCUUCAAAUGGCGACAAUGUUUUGAUUGAAAUCCAAGGAAAGCUUUAUUCCCCUCAACAAAUAACUUCUUUUAUUUUAAUUAAAUUAAAAGAAAUGACAGAAAAUUAUUUAAAUAAAAAAGUUGGGGAUGCAAUAAUUACUGUUCCAAAUUAUUUUGAUUAUUCACAAAAACAAGCAUUGAAACAAGCUGGAAAACUUGCUAACUUAAGAAUUUUACGUUUUGUUCCUGAUUCUAUUGCUGCAGUGUUUGGUUAUAGAUUAUAUUGUUUUUGGAGAGGGGCAAAUAAAAUUGUUGCUGUUUGCAAUUUAAAUGGAGGUUCUUUUGAAUAUACUGUUUUGGAAUUGAAAAAUUAUGAUUAUGAAAUUGUGUUAAAUAAAUAUGAUACUUGCCUUUCUGGAGUGGCUUUUAAUAAUGUUAUUGUUAAUUAUUUUGUUUCUGAAUUUAAACGAGAGAAUGGAAUUGAUUUAAAUAAGGAUUCUAUAGCAAAGCAACGUUUACGUGAGGCUGCUGAAAAGGCAAAAUGUGAGCUUUCCAAUUCUGCUCAAACUGAAAUUAUUCUUCCAAAUAUUAUUGCUGAUACUAAUGGAGAACUUAAACAUUUUCAAAUUAUAUUGUCUCGUUCUAAAUUUGAGGAAUUAACUUCGGAAUUGACUCAAAGAAUUGUGGAAAUUUGUCAACAAACAAAAGAAGAAAUUAAACCGGAAGUAGAAAUUCGACAACCAUCUUUAGAUAAUGAAAUUAUAUCUCAGCAUUGGAAGGAGAAUUUACCUUCUACUGGUAUCGACCAAGUUUUACUUGUAGGAGGGAUGACUAGAAUGCCUAAGGAAAUAUUUAUUUCCCAACUUGAAGGAGCACUUGCACUUGGAGCUGUUUAUUUGGGUGUAUUUUUUGGUGAUAUAAAUUAUUUUGAUGACAGAAGAACAUCUAAAAACAAACUUAUUAAAAUGGCCUCACAAAAAAUGUUUAUCGGAGAAAGAAAAUUUGAUGUUCAGGAUGCCGCUAAUUUGUUUUGGGAGGUUAUUGCUAUUUUUAUUAAAGAAUUUUAUUCUUCAUUACAUAUUGAUAUACGAUCACGUAUAGCAAUAACAGGAUUGGGUUAUUUUGCGGCAAAAUAUGCUGACCGAAAAUAUGAUAUUGGUUAUUGUGCCAUAAAUCAAGCUGAUUACAUGUUUGUGGAAAUUUAG